AUGGGACAGAUCCAGGAGCUGGGUUACCACCAAGAUACUACAGAGGUAGUCGUCGAGGCUGCUAGCGGGUCACCCCAAUCUGCUGCGACGUGGCACGAUGCUACUAUCGCUACUAUCUCCUCCAGCUUGACGGAUCAGAUCGGCACCCUUAUCGUGAAAUUAUAUCCAGCGGCGACCCCCGUCUUCCAGGCCCUCGGCUCGCAAUGCGUGUCCCCGCCACCUGUGCUCGUUGAUCCAAUAUUCGUCUUUUCUGCGCUCCGGGGUGGACGCUUCGUUCACGAUGAAGGCCACAAUCCGUGCUCCACAAGCAUCCGUGCUUCUGCUUCUGGCAUUUACUGCGGAAGCGAACUUGCAACCGCUGCAACAAAUGCUACUGAAUCAGACUGCUCGUCGCCCUGCACGGGCAAUGCCAAUGAGCCUUGCGGAGGAGCAAAUCGCUUGACCUUGUACUACAGCUCUCAGCCCGUGGGCCCUCAGCCAAACCCGGGCGUCGACGGAUUCAACUAUGUUGGCUGUUACUCCGAGGGAUCAAGUGGCAGGACUUUGACACACGGCAUUGGAUCCGUCCCUGCGGCACAGAUGACAAUUGCCGGGUGCGUAUCAGCUUGCAAAGCAGCCGGUUACUCGCUGGCUGGUACUGAGUACUCGUCAGAAUGCUACUGUGACAAUAACAUUCAGAAUGGCGGUGCACCGGCUUCAAGUGGCUGCAAUAUGAUGUGCAGUGGAAAUCAGACCGAGAUAUGCGGGGGGAGCAGCCGUCUUUCCUUGUACUCUCUGGAUGGUGUUGUGCCUCGCGGUCCGACUUCCACCCUGUCUGCCGUCACGUCAACGGCCUCUACGCCGGCACCCACAGGGUUCCCGACAGGCUGGUCUGCCCAAGGGUGCUGGGUAGACAAUAACCAGAACCGCAUCCUCUCCUACAAAGCCCCUGACUCACAGACACUGACACCCCAGUCCUGUGCCCUCACGUGCAGCAACGCGGGCUACACCGUCUCAGGGACCGAGUAUAGCACCCAGUGCUUCUGUGGCAAAGGCAUCUCAAAUGGUGGGGUACGGGCUACAGCGGAUACGGAGUGUAGCUCCAUAUGCGCGGGAGACACCACGCAGAAGUGCGGUGGGCCGGACAGGCUUUCCAUUGUUUCCCAGGGAGAACCUGGCGUCGAGCUACCUCCUGCGCCGAUAGGGCAGGUAGGCAGUUGGACAUACCAAGGAUGCUACAACGACAAUGCCAACGGCGCCAACCAAAGGACCUUCCCAUGGCAACUCAUAUACGCCGGUACCUUGACUCCCGCAAUAUGCCUGGACAAGUGCGCGUCGUUUGGGUAUGCAGCUGCUGGCCUGGAGUACGGCCAGGAGUGUUACUGUGGCGACCCGUCCGAUAUCGACAAGAACAAUGCGACGAAGCAAGCCGAGACCGGCUGCAGCAUGGUUUGCGCGGCAAACUCGUCGGCCAUCUGUGGAGGUGAGAGCCGUCUCUCAACGUACUUCUGGAACGGCACGGAGCCCCUUUACACAUUUAGUUAUCCCACAGGCGCUGCAGCUGGGAAAUACGAGUUCCUCAUCGGGGGCGUGACGAUCCCCUUGAUGGUAUCCGAGUCCAUCACCGGCAAGGUUAACUUCCUUUCCAAGUGGGGCACCGGCCCGGGCAAUGAGACGGGCGCGUAUGAGCUCGAUCUCACACUGGUGAAUGACUUCUCCAAGGCGUGGAGGACGUUGCACGUCAAAACGGAUCUCUUCUGCGCGGCUGGUGUGGUGCUUCCUGACAAGGGAGGCCGUCAGCUGACUGUGGGUGGAUGGUCUGGUGAGUCAACUGAGGGUGUCAGGCUGUACUGGCCCGACGGCUCGCCUGGUGUAUGGGGCACGCACGACUGGCAGGAAAAUGUCAAUGAGCUCAGCCUCCAGGUCGGACGUUGGUACCCUUCGGCUAUGGUCAUGGCGAACGGCUCUGUGAUGGUUAUCGGUGGUGAGGUCGGUUCCAAUGGUGCGGCUGUGCCCUCGAUCGAGGUCCUGCCUUACACUGGCACUCCGCCUUUGUAUAUGGAUUGGCUUGACAGGACAAACCCCAACAACUUGUAUCCCUUCAUUUCUGUCCUCCCGUCCGGUGGCAUUUUUGUUCAGUACUGGAACGAAGCCCGCAUCCUGGACGAGCGGACCUUUGAAACCACCAAGACCCUCCCAAACGUACCCGGUGUGGUCUAUGGUACCCUCGGUGGGAGGACCUACCCUCAAGAAGGCACAGCGGUCCUCCUGCCUCAGGUGUAUCCCUACACAGAUCACCUCGGGGUGCUCAUCUGCGGUGGCAGCACAGUAGACGGCCCAGGCAAUGCGAUCGACAACUGUGUGACCACCUUCCCCGAGGACGCCAACCCGACAUGGACCCUGGAGCGUAUGCCUUCACCUCGUGUGAUGACGUGCAUGGCACCCCUCCCCGACGGCACAUAUCUCAUCGUAAACGGCGCAUUGCAGGGCUGGGCCGGCUUCGACCUCGCAUCCAAGCCCAAUCUCAACGCCCUGCUUUACGAUCCCUCGAAGCCAGUGGGAGCCAGGGUCAGCGUCAUGGCCAACACGACCAUCGCGCGGCUGUACCAUUCGGAAGCCAUCACGCUGCUCGACGGGCGCGUCCUCAUCUCGGGUUCGGACCCCCAGGACAAGAGCCCGGCCCAGAAUCCUCAGGAGUACCGCGUCGAGGUCUUCAGCCCACCGUACCUGCUGCAAGGCAAGCCGCGACCGACCUUCACGAUCGCAAACAAGGACUGGGCGUACGGCGCGACGGGGAUCCCGUUCACGCUGGGUGGGGCGGCGCAGAACGGCGCCAUCAAGGUGACGCUGCUGGGCGCCGUGCACAGCACGCACGGCAACAGCAUGGGCGCGCGGAACCUGGUGCCGAAGAUAUCGUGCAGCGGCACGAGCUGCACCGUCGACGCGCCGCCGAAUGCGCACGUCUGCCCGCCCGGGUGGUACCAGUUCUUCGUGGUGGACGGGGGCGUGCCGGCGGUGGGCGUGUAUGUGCGGAUCGGGGGGGAUCCGGCUAAGCUGGGCAACUGGCCGAAUUUCCCCGACUUUACCGUCCCAGGGGUUUAA